CAUCAAAGUACGAAAUGUCCAGCCAAGAAGCCGUUGUCUCCAAGCCUAGCACAGAGGACGACAUCGAACCCUCAACAGAACGUGCUUCCACUGGCCUUUCCCUAACGCCGCGUCAGAACGAUAGUGUUCACAAGCAGGAAGCCCUGAUUGACGAUAUCCUCGACCAUACCUUCCACCUCCCCGCUCGUAAGACCAAGCGGCUACUUUCGUCCCAUUCCGGCACUCCACCCACGAGCGAUGUCCACGAGCGAUGAGAAUACUGC